AUGGUAAGUAGAAUAUGCUUUAUAAGCUAUACGAAUUUGCGUGUCAUAUUGUGGUAUAUGUUGGUCAACGCGUGUAUAAACCUCACUGAAUGUUGGAACUUUUUCUCAGCCAUGGAAGAAAAAUUGGUUCUUGACAAAGAUGGAGUGGAGGUGUUAAUAGCUGGAGGCUCCUCAUCAGAAGUUCAAAAGGUACUACAUGACGGCAUUCCUUCUACUACCGACGUAGUGAGAGACAUUGAUCAAGGAAUCGAGGAACGAAAGUUGAAGUUGAGAAAGUUCUUGGGACAAAGCACGGCGAAAGAAGUGACUUCGAGUAUGCAAAUGAGUUCAAAGAGUGCAUCAUCAUUCUCAUCAGCAUCAUCAACAGGAAAGGACCAAAAUGAUUCAAAGUUGCCCCAAGCAAGCUCACUUGAGUACAUGGAAGAUCAGAAUGAAGGAGGCAAGGGAGGAACAACAAGACCCAUCAGAGUCUCCAUCUUAAGGAAGAUGAUGGUGUAUCCACCAGAUUCAAGGCCUGUGCAUUGCGAUGCAAUGAGAAGCUCCAAAUGCCCAUCAUCCCAAGAACCUUAUGAUGAGGGUAGCCUUCAGAAUCUUGAUGCCCAAAAGGAAGCCACGGAGUCUGCUCACGAAAUCAUGGCCCUCACCAACAGAGACUACCACGGGGCCGGUCGACACCCACCUCCAAUCAACAAUGGACACCCCUUGUCUCAGCACCACAAGCCCUAG